AUGUCCGACUCUUUACUGAAUCACUGUUGCCUAUUCGAGCACUACGAUGAUCAGCAGCAGAGCCAGCAGGCAGUGGCGGCCGGAGGCGGCGGCACCUUGAACUGCUUAGUGGAGACGCACAAGGGGAAACGCAUCGCCUCCGCUGAAACUGCUUUGACCACCGCGCGUGGUAGCGACGCCAACAGCGUUGGCAGCGCGAGCGGCAGCGUAAUCGACAACGACGACGCCUACCGCCGCGAAAGCUAUAAAGUAGAGGUGGAUUCGGUGUGGCGCAUCACGUGGUACCUCUGCCGCGUGUGUCGCAGCUGCUACGAUCAUCUCGUGGACAGCAUCCUCGAUGCCCACGAGACACCUCACGCCGCCGCCACGCUGCACAGCAGCUCGAAGCUGCCCCUCUGGUACUACGCACGAUUGUGCAGCUCCAGUGAACUGCUUGGCACCGAUGGUAGGACAGGGGUCCAUCUUCAGCGGCGCGGCUGUGAAGCACCACGGCAUGCAACCUCGAAGCCGUCCGCGGCAUCGUUGUGCCCGACGGCAGCGGUGUCAAGCAGGCCUUUGCCCCCGUGGUCCUCGAUUUGGGCGCGAGUUCGAGCGUCGGUGUCACUACCUGCUUCUCGUGCCCUGUCGACGAUGACCUCGCCUGCCAUGAAGGCGGCGGCCACGCCAUCGUCUGUGUCGCCAUCACUCUUGCAGACUCGCGACCACUAUCAAGCGCGUGGCGCUGCCAGCAGGCGGUCGAGGGGAAGGACUAGCACGAAUGCCGCCGGGGUGCAGGCGAGCUCCGGGUUGGGCGGGAGCGGGUACACGUCUCCUGUUAACCUUGAAUCCGCAAGAGGGGACGACUCGAUCCUGUCACUGUCUGCACGGCCCGCCAUAAAGUCACCCAAGAUCGCGUCGGCGCAACCACAGUCACCGCAGCCAUCGUCGUCCUCGAGGCGUGCGCAGCGCACCGUUACGCCACCCCGUCGGCUCCUCAUCAGCAUCGACAGUAGCCCAGGCCCUCUUCGCGAGGCCGUGGCGCUGGCACGUCGAUGGCGGCGCAUCGCUGUCAUCUUGAUUGACGAGCGCGACCUUGCCGAUGCAGAUGAUGGCACCGAAGCACCGCAGCAGCAAGAGGCCCCGUUUGGAGCCCUAUCUGCACACCUUUACGCAGAUGUUGACGCGGAGACAGCGCUUCGGUCUAGCUCGGUCACUGACCAGAGUAGCGGCACGCAGAGCGCAGUCCAGGCGCCGCCCAUCGCCGCAGCAACCGGUAUCACCUCGCCGGUACCUCAGCGCACAGAAAGCGAGAAGUAUGACGUUCACCAGCAGAACCAGGCAACAGACAGCAAUCCGGCGCCAGCGGCUAUGACAAAAACGUCGGCACGGCGGCCGAAGCUGUCGAUUCGCGUGGAUGACGUCACCUUCGGCGACGCCGACGGGACGGCCGCCGCUUGGGCCAGCGGCAACAGCACAGACGCUGCAGCCCUGCGCGGGCUCGCACCUGCGGCGUGGCUUUUACCGCAGCUCCCUCUCCAAGCGGCGGCGCCGGUGAGCCCUUUCAUAGCCGCGCGAGCCUCGUCGCCUGCACUGUCCCCUUUCCUUCUCCACGAGAAUGCCUUCCUUGUCACCACAGUGCCCCCUUCGGCGGGAGCUGCAGCGGUCGCCUCAUCUUCGGCGACAAGCAAGCCGAUUUCAUGUCUUCCGGAUGGUCCGCAGGCCGCCACCUCCUCCGCCGUGAACGGUGAAAAUGUGCCAGCGACGCCGUACACGGAGGGCAAGCUACCGGCGCUGCCCGUGGCUCUCGACAGCGGCGUGUGUGUGCUGCGAGCACUGUUUCAUCAAGCCGGCGCAGUGGUGCGUCUCUCAUCUAUGCCGGCCACGACGGCAUACACGACGCCGACGCCGACCUCAGCAGCAGCAGCGGCGGCGGCAGCCUCCGGAGGGAGCGGACUCUCUCUGGGGGCGAGAACCACCGGCGCAAGCGGCAUUUUCGCUGACCCCGCGAGCUGUGCGAGCGCACAAACCGUGGUGACGCCUCUCUGGGGCACUGGCCCCGAGUCUUACGCUGCGCAGCGUCAGACAGUGGUGCGCGAGAUGGCUUUUCGGUACCAGCUGGGCCUAGGCGCAGCAUCCCCAGACGUAAUGACCUCGCCUCCCACAGCUGCUUUCAUUAGUGGUGCUUACACCGUAUCAGGGGAUCAGAACGAAGGUGCGCAUUGGUGUGGCGCUGCCGGGCAGCGUGGAGUCCCGGUUGGGUUAGGCAGCGGCAGUGGCGGUUAUGUGAACGCGACCUGCCGGCGUGUCUGUGGGUGCCCUGCAGCGACGUCGUUCGAGCGCAUGAUGGCGCCGGUGACAACGUAUUUCCAGCUGCGGCCGCAGGUGACUGCCACCGCCGCUGCACCAGCAGCAACCGCAGCCACAGCGACCGCCGUCAACAUCUUGCCCGUCUCCACCCAGGUAGAGAUAGUCGGCAUACCCAUAGACACGUCUGCUUUCACAGGUGCAACCGCGUUGACGGCGGCCACAGCAGCGGCGCCAAGUGCGGUGUCGAUGGUAUCAUCAGGACUCCCGUCCCCUCAUGUGCGCGGUGGCGGUAUCGGCGCCGGCACUGCUACCAUCCCUGGACUUGCCGCCUGCGACACGGUCGGCGGUGCCUCGCGCCCCUUCACGAUGGCCGAGUUUCUGCCGCAGCUGGCAAAGCUAAGCACCAGCCUCGACGGCUACGUGAUCGUCAUCCUGCGCCGCCAGAGCUCCGGAUGUGCGGGUGGGGGCGAUAGAACCUCCCCUGGCGGUAGCGCCACCGCCACGCGUCCUGGCCCCAACUGUGACGCCGUUGGGGACGCAUCCGUGUCCCAGAUGGGCAGCAGCAACAGCAGCGGCGGACAGCAGCCUCGAGAGCUCGACGACAGCGCGCAGCAGGGUGCUGAUGCAGACCAGCUCACCUCGAGCGCCUGUGUGCCCCUCUCCCUCCUUGAGGAAACCAAGUGCUCUGUGCCGCGGCCACUGCAGCUGCGCGACCCGAAUCAGCGGCAGCGUCGAUGCCACCGCGUCACGGAGCUGUUUGGUGGGCAGCACAUUCGACUGUUCUAUCAGCAGCUGCAGAGCUGCGGGGUGCUUCAGCCAGCCGUUAGCGUUGUGGAAGUGAGCGACGAAGCUGAGCCCGGCGCACCAAAGCUGUCGCCGGUGUAUCUGGCCAGUAGCAAGAGUCCACUGGAGGAGGCGGGCCUCUCCUAUGACGAGCUGGGAACGCCGUCCAUGCCGCACCUCAAGGCCCCAGCAGGCACCGGCGGGGAGGACGGAGUCGCGGAAGGGUGGUUGGGUGCCGCGAAGUCGUCCCCGCAAAGCUCCGCCUUGUCCGCCUCUCGCAUGUCUAUAGCGUCAUCCGUCGACUCGAGCCUGAUGCAGCAGCCGUCAAGCGUUUCGACCAGCGCUACGGCACAGUCUUCACAGGCUACCGAAAGAGCACCGCAUGCACCGUCGGUGCGCGGUGACUGUUUCGAAAGGCUGCAGCUGCCUGCGUCUGUGGGCAUUGCGCUCAGUCAGACGGCGAAGGUGAUAAACGCGUCUGCCUUCCCGGUGGCAGCGCCGACUGCGCUCGAACAGGCUAUGAACUCUCUGCGGUGUGUAUCCCGGCACCUGGGGAUCAGCAUGUGCAGCAUGACGUACGCCUCUAAGACAGCACCGCGUACAAUGAGCAGCGCAUCAACAUCCUACUCCAGCCAGAGCUCCACGGUGCCGACGGCCACCAUGGCGGCGGAGGCACCAGUGCCCGCAGUGCCGUUCUCACCUGCAAAGGCGAACAAUAAUGCGAGUGGUAUUGGGGAGAGCGCUCUGCUCACGCGCGCACUAGAGUCGCUCGUGGCCACGCUGGUCUACUGGGACAUCUGUGCUACUCUCUCCCAGUAG